CAGGCUGGCCAGAAAGCACUGGUUGAGCCCUUCAUUCAGAACUACCAAAAGUUCAACAGCAACACUGGUUGGAAGGACGAUAGGGGCGCGUGGCCGCAGGUCAUGCAGGCGCUGAGCCACUUCAGCUACCACGCCUCGGGCGGAAACCACGUGCUUUGCGAUCUGCGGGGCGGCAUCUACCAGCACGAGCUCGUCUUAUCCGACCCGGUGAUCCUCUCCCGAACCGGCGACUACGGCGUCACUGAUCUCGGCCGUGACGGUAUCAGCUCCUUCUUCAGUCAGCACGACUGCAACCAGUACUGCCGCCCCAACUGGACGAAGCCCGCGAAUCCGUGGCUACACUUCAACCCGGUCCCAGGCACGACCAUGCUCCGCCGCACCGUGCCAACCGCCGCGUCCCGGCCCAGCGACACCCGUGACUAUAGGAACUGGUAA